AUGGCGUGCAUGAAGCUGGGAUCCAAAUCUGAAAUGUUUUACCUCUAUGGCCAAAGUUGGCUGUGCUCAACUGGACUUCCAAGUGAUAUCAUUAUUGAAAUUGGUGAUACAUCUUUUCAUCUCCACAAGUUUCCACUGAUAUCAAGAAGCAAAGAGCUAGAAAGUUUGAUGAGAGAAAUAUCAAACGGACAUGAGAAGUCUGUUUUGGAACUGCAUGACCUACCUGGAGGAGGCAAGGCCUUUUUGCUUGUUGCUAAGUUUUGUUAUGGUGUUAAAAUGGAGUUGACUGCAUCGAAUGUGGUUGGUCUCAGAUGUGCAGCAGAGUACCUCCAGAUGACUGAGAACUAUGGAGAGGGGAACCUGAUCAUGCAAACAGAAAAUUUCCUUAAUCAUGUGUUUGGUUACUGGACAGAUACUCUUGAUGCUCUUAAAACAUGUGAAGAGGUUUUACCUUUUGCUGAAGAGCUUCACAUCGCUUCACGAAGUAUAAAUUCUUUGGUGUUGAAAGUUGCAGAUCAAAGUUUGGUUAAUUUGCCUGUCUCCUCAGCUCAAAGUGUUGCUCAGAGUCCAGAGGACGCAGAAGUGUGGAAUGGAAUAAGCCUAACACCAAAGGCAUCAGCUGAAGAUUGGUGGUUUGAUGAUGUAUCUUCCCUUAGUUUGAAAUUGUAUAAAAGGUUCAUACAAGGUGCUAGUGCACGAAACAUGAAACCUAGGAGAAUUGCUGGAUCCCUUGUUUACUAUGCCAAAAAGCACAUCCCCUUAUUGGGAAGUCAAACAAGUUCACAGAAUGGAAACUCGUCUUCUUUUAAGUCAUCUCUUUCUACCCCUUCUGAAGCAGAUCAAAGGAAUCUUAUAGAGGAAAUAGUGGAGUUGCUGCCAAAUGAAAAGGGCCUAGCACCAACCAAGUUUUUGCUGGUGUGUCUGCGGACAGCAAUGGCCUUAUAUGCUAGUUCAUCUUGCUGUUCAAGCUUGGAGAAAAGAAUUGGUGCUCAAUUAGAUGAAGCAGAUCUGGAAGAUCUUUUGAUUCCAAAUAUUGGAUACUCAAUGGAGACUCUUCAUGAUAUUGACUGUGUCCAGAGAAUGCUUGAUCAUUUCAUGAUUGUAGAGCAUGAUGUCAUUGAUAGCGCAUCUAAUGAUAUUGAGGAAGAAAGGCGCAUAGUUGGAAGUUCUCAAGCUCUGAGUCCAAUGGCAAAAGUGGCUAACCUGAUAGAUUCUUAUUUAGCUGAAGUGGCACCUGAUGUAAAUGUGAAGUUACCAAAAUUUCAAUCACUUGCUGCUGUAAUUCCUGAUCAUGUCAGGUCCCUGGAUGAUGGCAUAUACCGUGCCAUUGAUAUAUAUCUCAAGAAUCAUCAAUGGCUGACAGACUCUGAGAAGGAACAAAUAUGCAGGGUCAUGAAUUGCCAGAAGCUGUCAUUGGAAGCCAGCACACAUGCAGCUCAAAAUGAGAGGUUACCACUUCGUGUAGUAGUCCAAGUCUUGUUCUUUGAACAACUGAAGUUGCGCACAUCUGUUGCUGGCUGGUUCUUUGCUUCUGAUAAUAUUGAGAACUCACAAAACCUGAAUGCAAACCUGCCUCUGAUAAGAAAUGAUGGCAACACUCCACACAACCCAGUUGUGGCUUUUGAUAACGUGAAAGAGAGAGUGGCUGAACUUGAGAAGGAGUGCUUCAGCAUGAAGCAAGAUUUGGAAAAAAUGAUGAAGUCAAAGGGAAGUUGGAACACGCUCCUUAAGAAAUUGGGUUGCAAGCUUGUCCCAAAACCCCCUAAUGCCAAUGUCUCCAAGCCAUGCAGGAAGUCCAAAAUAACACCAGCAACCACAGCCCAGAUGGAAGAAAAGAGCAUGGAAGUGAAAUGA